AAGAAACACGAACAACAGGCAGCUGCAGCGAAGAGGACGGACGAUUCUCACAACCGAUCAUUUCAGCUCAGUCAGUAUGGCGUCUUCAGUGAUGGAUGGGGUUGGUAAAGCUGUGGUUGGAGUCUGGCGAGCGCAUACAGUCCUUGAUGAGUCUGACGGGGCAGAAAGUUCACCAGAAGCCCCUGACCGUUUCCGCAAGCUUCGCUCCUCGUCUUCACUGAACUCUCUGCGAAUGUCUUUGCGCAAGCGGCUCCCUCUGCGCUCCGUCCAGGCCAACUCCCUCCCAGAGAAUCCAACUUGGGAAACCGUGAAGGAGGAACCGAAAACCAGCACCAUCCGCAAAAUUAGUCGUAGUGCUCGGAACUCCAUCAGCGGAGUGUAUCAGCGGUUUCAGAGGAACAGAGAGUUUGUACGUGAGGAGUGUUUGGUAGCAACCCCAGGUCGUGAUGGAGAAAAUGCUGGUGCCUCAACUUCUUGCACACCAAGACGCACGCCUAGACGACCUGCAACACCCAGACGCACCCCCAGGUCAACAGCCACACCUGGGCGCACUCCAGGCUCGAGAGGACGAAGGACUCCUGAGGCGUCAGUACGAGGGGUGAAACCCAGAGGAGGCAGAAGACAACUGGUUCGCAUGGCUGCCUUACGAAGUCCCUUUGCUUCCCCCAACACACAGAACCAGAGACUAAAAUUUGACCGAGAUUUGGAGUCGGUUUCCAGUGGGCUCAGGAGGCUCAAACACCUGUCAAAGGCCUUUGACGACAUCAUCAGCAGAGAUGACAAACCCAGUACAAAGCAACGUUGUGGAGGAGUGAUUCUGAGAAGGUUGGACCCCAGCGGUAAACUCAGUCGGUCAAACCUCACACGUCGAGCCACAAACCUCUCAAACUCGCUGGGAGGUUGGGCCCACACAGCUGUGAACACUAUUCGCAAACCCAACUGAACUUCACACAUGUGUGCAUGUAAAAUACAGGACCUUUUGUAGUCAUGCCUCACAUUUAUCACUGUCUUGUCACUGUUACAUAUACAUGUAGUGUUGUCAUGGGAGACUGUUACGUAGUGGCUUGUCUUGUGUUUUUUUUAUCUGUGUGGUGCCUAAUUAGCAGCACCUGUGUGAAUCUUUCGUGUUUACACAUCUCAGGUUAGCUAGUUGUGGGUAAAAUGUCCUCAUUGUAGCUACCAAAGGGAUUUCUACACUGUGGUGUGCGUGUCUGUCAUGGCUGCCACAACCAAAUGUCUUCGUUACAUUUUUUAAAUACUAAUAUUUUAGUUUGUGCUCGCACUCUCGGCAUAGAAAUGUUACAGAAAAAAAACUUUAAAGAGAUGCUGCACAAGACCAAAAUUUGCAGAACUAACACUAAAUUUACUGACAGAAGGGAGAUGCAUUUUCCUCGACUUUAAAUGUAUGCAAAGAUGUUACUAACAUUUGUUAUACGUUUUUAAAUGACAUUUGAUUAUACCAAAUUUUAUGUGUAUUUUCUAUGAAAGGGGACUUUUUUAUAUAAACUAUAGCUUAGGCAGUAUUAGAAUGGGAACUUUCCUUGAGGCAGAGGUCGGCACUUGUAACAGCCUGUGGAUGAUUCAUAUACCGAUAUUGUACACAUAAAUCAUCUGAUAAUGUGAUAGGGGGAAGAUUUAAUGGCUCAUUACCAGAUGACAUCGAUGAUGAUGAUGUUAUAAAGUAAUAUCCAGCAAGUUAUUAGUGUAGUGACUGUCAAGCUAAACAGCCUCAAAUGAAGCGAAACGCUUCUCUUUGCUGCAUUUUUAAUGUAUUGGUACCUUCUUUUUCUACGUUAUUAAGAAAAAAAGGGAGAAACUGUCAAAUGUGAAAUCAAAACUCUACACAAUAAAACCUGUAAGCUUCAAACAAC